UCGAAAUGCGACUGAAAUGAUUGGUGAGGCUUUUACAACGUUAAUAGGACUUGCAGUAAAUUUUUGAUACCGAAAUACGGCUGAAAUGAUUCUUGGGGCUUUUACAACAUUAAUAGGACUUGCAGUAAAUGGUUGAUAUCGAAAUGCGGCUGAAAUGAUUGGUGAGGCUUUUACAACGUUAAUAGGACUUGCAGUAAAUCUUUGAUAUCGAAAUGCGGCUGAAAUGAUUCGUGAAGCUUUUACUCUUACGCAAUGCCUAGCAAAUAGUCAGGUUACUUGUCGGAUUGAGUAAAUUAUGAAUUACUCGAGUUGGUCCAAAUAAGUAGACUGAAAAUCUUUAAUGUAAUGCGGAUUAAGUUAAUUCACGGAAACCAUUUUAGGACAUAAGGGCUGAAGCAAAGUGAUUGUAGCGAAAUCUAUUGAAUUUCAUAUAAACUAUAAAAUAAACAGUUUUGUGCAUUAGAAAGAUAAUCCGUCAAUAUUUAUACUGUGUUGAUAAUCUUUAAAGAGAUAUGGAUUAAAUUAAUUCGUGGUAACUUUGUGUAGGAUUUCAGGGGGACCAUUUAGUGUGUUUAGUGUGCCAUGAAAUUAAGAAGAUAAUCCGUAAAUCUCGGCAGUGCACUGGUGAUCUUUGUAGAGAUUUGAAUUAAAUAACGAAGUAAAUUUGGAUUAAAAUGACUUCGUGGAAAACUUUGUUUAGGAUUGAGUGAAGUCUUGGGAGAGGUAUUCAUUGAAAUCCCGAGUUGUGGGCCUUUGUUUAAUGUCACAAGAGAACUUAAGUUUUAAAUGAAAUCAGGUAUUGUGUGUUUACCCAAAGAUAAGAAACUUCUGUUUUAAUUCCAACUGAAAAAAAAAAUGUAUCGCGGAUUUUUUCUCCUUGGAAUCUGUGUUUUGUACAUAGAAACAAUCCUACAGAUCUAUGUGAUUUAUACUACAGUGACGUCUAGAAUUGUGUUUACUACGUCACUGGUAUUGAUAUGUUGUUCGUUUGUGAUAUCUAACAUGGCAUCAUUGGUGCUAACUCUUAAAGAACGUGCCACCCAACCUUUGACAAAUAUCGUGAUGUGUUGCGUACUCCACGGAUUACAGUUGGGACUUUUAUGGCGAAUGUUAUGUGUGGGAAUUAACUCGGAUUCGCACAAUCAUAAGAUACGAUUUAUACACUGUGGGUUGCAGACGCUACCAUUUAUGGUUAUAUACGGGUCAUUGUAUCUCAGUCACGCCAUUUUUACACUCGAAAGUGUGACGUCAUUGAUAACGCUGUUUGCGUCAUGUAUUUCAGUGGCGCUCGCAAUGACGUCAUUUACGUUGCAGAAUUCUGUGACCCACCAAAAUAAAAUUCAAACUGUACAUUACUUGAGGCGUCUUUUUGGAAUAUUUCUGAUAACACUCGGAACAUUUUUGCUGUUAGCAUCUCGCAUAGGAAGUAUUGUCUUAAUGGCAUCCACAGAAAAAUUGUGGGUUCUGUUUCCGAUCGGAUGUCACUUUUUCAUUCUAAUGACAACCUAUAUGAUAUGUAGCGAGGAUAUCACGUGGCAAAGGCGUGCUUGCACACCAUUAAAUUUGGCGCGUUUUACCACACUGUCUUACUUUAAUAUUUUUGAUUUGAUUGAAAGUAAUCUACGUGUUAUUCAGUGCAAAUAUGUCGCCUUCUACACGCUUAUCCUUGUGGAGAACAUUAUAAUGGCGGCUGUGUGGUUGCUUUAUUCAGACAUGGAGUAUGUUGCUAAGUUAGUGACGGUUGUGUUUAUAAUGGUGUUAUUUGUAAGUGCUCUUAUAUCUAAAUAUUCAGGGUGGUGUUUUUUAUCCCACGAAUCCGAAACUACCUCGAAUAGUCAUAAUUCAAAAUUUGAAGAACAAGAUCAACCGUCCAUGAGUGAUGACAUUCGUCAUAGCCCGCGCGAAACCGUAGUUUCACGUGUCCGCCAUCAUUCUUCUAUUUUACGAGUGUCUGCAUCCGGCGGAAGUCACACGACCGAGACUUUUAUUUCUCGCAAGACUUCCUCAUCUCGUAACUUCAGCAACGGACGUGGAAACGUUUCUAAGAAAAAUAACGAAAUUAUUCUCUCUCCAAAAGCAUUGCGCGGUCACAAAUUCCCACGGAAAUUAAGCAAGCGACUGAAGAGGAGACUUCUCUUUGGACAAGCUCAAGCUUUGUUCCACUACCCGAAAACUUCCACGUUAAGAUCAUCCGCGUCUGUUCCAGAGUCGUUCUGUGUGUCAAGCCCGAAUGUUGGUGAUGUAACUGAUGAUAUUUUAAAUAUCUUUAGAUCGGACACCAAACGUGUUCGGGGUCGGCAAGGAUUCAAACUGGGAUUCAAUAGAUCUUACCUUAGCGACGGGGCGCGAUCUACAGACGACAACACCGGGCACACAAAACUGCAUAGAACGGACAACUACCAUGACCAUCGGCUUCUUAAAUAUGACGAUCUUCUGCAUCCAGCAGUAAACAGCUUAUCAAAGAUGUCCGCCAGCAAUAGUUAUGACUACCAUUUAAGUAAUAGCACAACUUCGCAGUCAAGUUAUGUUAACACGAGUCAUGACGAAUCCACAACGAGAACGGUGUCGGAUUCGUCAGGCACCAACAUGAGUUUAUCCUCAGAUGAAGGGGUGUGGAAAUCAUGUCAAAAACCACAAUUCGAAAAUUUGAAUUCAUUACCUCAAACAGUUAUGGACAGCCAAAAGAGAAUCCAAAAUUGGUUAUCAGAAACAGUGUCAAUUUUCGAUCUUUUGUACGAGAAGAGUGCAUGUCAAGACCUAAAACCUCCAGCGAAAACUCUCUGCCCUAGCAAGAAACAUGACCAACCCAAACGACGUCACGAAAUUAAUAAUCAAUUAAAGCAACGGGUACAAGAUUCUGGGUAUAUGUCCGUUGACGAUGUCCGAGAAAAUAUUAUUCAACAUGACCAGACAACCAGUUCCAGUGAAACGGAGCUAAUACGCAACUUCGGUGAUCCGGACCAACGUAAACAGAAUGCAACCACUGAUGCAAGAGUACCCGUGUCCACAAUAAGUAAUGACAGUCCCAUGUAUAGUGACGUUAAACAUCCUAUAUAUUUGAUUCCUACAACAGAAAAUGAUUCGGGUCUUCAUAUAAACAGUUUGGACAAAAUAAGCCAACUCAAACAAUAUAUUUACAGCACGGAACAUAAAGACAUUUCAACACAAGAUAACUCGCCCAUCAUUGAACGACACUUCAUCCCAAUUCAGAAACACGAACAAUAUAAGCACUGGCGAAAUAAAGCGUCCGAAGAAGACGCUGUUAUUAACAGUCGGAAUUAUAAAAACAUUUUAAAGGAUUCCUCAAGUGUGGCUAGAAAUGAAAUUAUUCGAAAUGCGUUUAGUUGCCCUUUAACUGUGGAUCCUACACCAACAGGAACGAACUCUUUAUACAACUCGACAGAAAGAUUGGACGCGUUUGAUCAUAAACCCGUUACGACGAUUGAGUCGUUAGUGUAACCGUUAUAGUUUUCAUUUCUUGUAUUCCGUCUUCAUUAGUCCGGUCGGUGCAGAAUAGUAGGACGUCAAACCUCAUUUCAUUACUUCUAUUACUGGAACCACGGUGGCUAAGUGAGUAAGACGCUGAAGGUCGCGGGAUUUUCCGGCGUGGUUUCCCCCUUGUCAGUGGUGCGGGGGCGGGGCUGACAAGGACAGCUGUCUAGUUGUUGGGAUGGGACGGACGAAAAAACAACAUGGUCCCGUGUACAUUACCGUGCACGCAAAAGAUCCCUUGGCAGUUGGAAUUCGUCUGGGCAAAAUUUUCCCCAUAGCACACUAUAUGGCAUAUGCCCGUCUUUAUUAGCCCAGUCAGAGAAGAACAGUAGGACGUUAAACCCCAUUAAUGGAGUUUUCCCAUGUGGUGAUUCUACACACUUAAAAGACUUCAUUCAUUAAACUUUAACGUGUUCAUUAUCUGUAUUACUUUGAACACCUGAUGCCACUUGUCGUUACCGCAAUUUGAUCGAUUGUGCCCAAUGUUUAGUGUAUAAAUUUUACAAUUUGUAUCACCAACGAUCUGAUAACUUGCUCAUUGUUUAUUCGCCUGUGUGUUAUAGCACGUGCUGCAGAUUCGCUCAUUAGGUCAUAUUACGUGUUUAAAACAAUUUAUACUUCCGGUUGAGCAUAGUUAAAACAAUUUUGUUACUGGAUAAUUUAUAAAGUAUAUGACAAUCUAUGUUUAAUAACCUUGUCAAUUCACAUAUGGUCAAUCUGAUUAAAAUACAGAUCUAUAUUUCGUUUCGUUUCUUUUUUAUAUACUUUUAUACUACUUGAAGAUCUGACAAAUUGGCGUCAGAGGUCAUACAAGCGGGUUUUUGACCUAUGACGCCAGGUAUUUGAUUAACCUAUGACGCUUCUAGUGGGUUACCCACAGUUUCGUGCACCCCACGCCAAAAACUCGCCGUAACAGACCGUUUCAUUGGCUAACCCCUCACAUCACCCAGAACGCGGGUUAUAUAACAACUCUUCCAGAUCCUAGUGUGGUAAAGACAAGUAAACGAAAUCUCGAACGAAACGAAAUAGGAUCUAUGUUUUAAUCAGAUUGGCAUAUUGUAUAAUGAUAUUUCAGUAAUCCACUCUUUGGAAGUGGGAAAAAAAGGGGGCAUCCGGAGAAAAUCGACGAAUGCGUUCAAAUCUUUUUUACUCCUUCUCACUUUCAAACCCGGGAUUGAAGUAGCUAACAGGCUUUAUAAUCUAAACCGCACACGUUCGACACAUCAGCCACCCAAACACCUUCACCUUGGUUAUAUCAGAAAAGUCAAAAUGUUGAUAUGCGGGGACGGGGAUAUGAAGAAAGUCGGAUUCCAAGUUUAUAUAUCGCAUUGGCGGGUAGCUAUAAACCGGACAUUACCUUUUGGUUGUGACCAACAGUAAGGGCACAACGAAAUAUUAUGGUAGGGUUCACUUAACAAAAUCCCAUCUUUUGGUGGUUAUGGUUAUCCGUAAAAUGAAGCUAAAUUGAGGUCGUUCUCGCGGGCAUUUCUCAUCGUAUUACUCGUAGUAUUUCCUUACUCAUAAAAGUUUAAAAGGUGCUUUUGUAUUUCUGAUGGAUUAAAAAUAUAAAAAGUACGUUUGUAUUUCUGAUGGAUUAAAAUAUAAAAAAUUCGUUUGUAUUUUUGAUGAUUUAAAAUAUAAGAUGAAAUGGGGUUUAACGUCCCACUGUUCUGCUCCGACUGGCCUAAUGAAGACAGGAAAUAUAAGAGGUUCCUUUGUAUUUCUUAUGAAUUAAAAUAUAAUAAGUUGGUUUGUAUUUCUGAUGGAUUACAUAUUAAAGGUUCGUUUGUAUUUCUAAUUUAUUGCAAUAUAAACAGCUCGUUUGUAU